AUGGGCCGCGAGGAGUACCCCAAGGCGCGCAUUCUGCUCCUUGGAGCGCCAGGAUCAGGCAAAAACUGUCUCGAGUCCAGGUUUACCACCAUGACGUUUCCGCCCCCAUACAACCCUGCCCUCACGCUGAGUAGCCGCCGCCUAUUUACGCUGACCUCGAGAGGAUCCCAGCCCUCGACGCCGUCGGUUCAGUCUACCUUGUCUUUACGCCCGUCUCUCGGCGACUCCCGUGAACAGGGCUUUCCCGAGACACCCCGUCCACAAACCGGCUCGUCUACUUACUCAAGGGAGUCCGCUCCAGGGGUUGUCAGCAUCCCCGGUCCCGCCGAUCUUACCGCCACCCACUCCGGCUCUCAAGGCGGCACGGAUGGAUGCGCAGAGUGCAUAAGAACCGCCAACACCUUCAUGAUCGAAGUGAUCAACUAUCCCGGGCUCGAACUAGCAAAGGAAAGGGCAAACGUCCUCAGUGCCGGGGACUACGAUGCCGUGCUUCUCGUGUAUGAUCGAAGUCGCCUUGAUGGGCCGGCCAAGCGGGAGAAGGGCGAGCCGGAGAACCCAGCCCGCUUCCCAAAAGAAGGCCCCAUUGUUGCCUUGGCGGGAAACAAGGCGGAUGUCGACUCCGCCCCGUCCAGGCACGGAUUGAGACUCACCAGCCCAAGAGCAAGGAGGCGGGAGAUCCAACCCGCCGAGCCAGAACAAGCCUCGGGAUCCGGAUCGAAUUCAUCAGAGCCUCGAGGCGAGAUCCCCAGGUCAGCGAGCUCUCUCAGCAUGACGAUGCGCGAAUUCGUCGCCGACGGCAGACGCUCAGCCAUGUCCAUGGAGUCGUCCAUCGUGCGCACCCCGAGCAAGCUGCUCAAACGGAAGUCUUCCCAGAGCCGACGACUGGCCCCUCAAAUCGCACUCGCGGCGCGUCAAACCGCCGAAGGAGAGACGCUCGCGCGGGAGCUCCAGGUGCAGAUUCCGUUCCUCGAGACCAGCGCCAAGAGCGGGGACAACGUCGAGGAGCUAUUCGAGGCGAUAUUGCGCGAGAUUCUGGCGAGCAAGGGACACCGCGUGCGCGAAAGCGUGCUGCCCCGAGAUUCGACGCCUUGCAAGCGGCAUGCGGCGAUGGAUAGCAAAUUCAAUAGCGCCGCAAACAGCCCCACCAACGUUAUCCCAGAGGGCCGCCUGGCUAUCCAUCAUGCCUACAACCAACAUGGUACCAGGAGCAGCGGCGAGUGGCCUUCCGCCUUUGUGCGAGAGCGAUCCCCAGAGGCAUCGGACUUGAACACCGAGCCGAAUUCACCACCGGUCGUCGCGAAGCCGAAGAAAGAGGGUAUGCUGCGAAGAAUGAGCAGUAUUUUCGGCAGGAGAAAGCCUGUUGAGCGUAUCUCGACGUGA